GAAGUAACUUAAAGAUGAAGACCACAGCGGCUUUGUUCAUUUUGUGCCUCUUCCACUUUCAGGGCAUUAGCUCUGAGACCUCGAAAAUCAAGCCACCUAGUGACCAUGCUGGUGUCGCGGCAGGGUGCCAGGACAAUUGUUGCCAAUUUACCUUCGUCUUAAGAGAGCUGGAGUCCAGACUGAGAGCAACUGAGAAACAACUGGAGGAUCUGAGAGGAGCAGUCCGAGUUCAGCAGGUGGCAUUUGGAGCAUCUAGUGGCAUUUCUGGACAUUUUGGACCUUUUAACACUGAGGUCACACUGAUCUACAAGAAUGUCUACGCAAACACGGGAGCAUACAACCCAACAACAGGUAUUUUCACUGCUCCAGUCAAAGGAGUCUACUACUUCAGCUUCUCUGGCCAUAAUUUGUCAAGUAGACCGAUGGGGCUGCGCCUGAUGAAGAAUGGAGUGCAGAUCAUUACUGUGUACAACCAUCCAGCUGGAAACCGCCACGAGACAGCAACCAAUGGCAUUACCAUACAGCUCGAGAAGGGAGACCAGGUGUACAUGAGACUCCGGGCAAACACCUGGAUUUUUGAUAAUGGCAAUAACCACAGCACCUUCAUUGGCAAUUUGCUAUUCCCUCUGUAAAUGAAAUAAAGCUCAAAUAAGCAAAAAAAGAGAAAAAAGGCUUUAUACAAGAGACAAGUAAAGUGGGAUGGUGGUAAUUGUUGUUGCAAGUAUUGUUACAAUAAAAAAUUGGAGACUUGAUACACAGCUGUUUCAUUGGCUUAUAAAGUUGCUACCUAUUACCUUCAAUUUCGGUCUAUGGUCUCCGACAAUGCCAGAGAAAAAUAUCUGUAUAUUUCGCAGCUAGAUACUUGACUGUGCUCCACAGCCACUCUGUCAUUUUCUCUGUUAGCUGAGAAAAUGCUGCCGGGCAGAUAAUGUAGUGUGUUUAUCACUGUUGGAAAACAAUUGCCUCUAAGUGUGGAUGAUAGCAGCUCAGUUUGAACAACUUGUAUUCACUGACAUCAUGUUUGCCUUUAUAAAGUGAAAAGAAACAAACUGAAAAGAGUUUGUUACCUCAAUGAGAAGUUGGAGGUGUGUAGCCUGACGCCAGCAGCUCUUCAUCCAACAGCUCACUGUGGCCUGACGAACACAUCGCAUUUCCUGUGACUACUUCAUAAUAAAAGUCACUUUGUGUUUCACCAGUUCAACGCUUUAAAUGUGAAGCAGUCGGAAAUGUUUGGUUUACGUUUGCAGUAACUCAAUACAGCACACAACGACACACAGUUCAUAAUACUACAAAUAAAUAUUGCAAUACUUGUGGCUGAGCCUAUCUCUUUGUUCUCAGUUUUCUAACUCUCUGGCCACAUUCAGUGGAGCUCCAUCAUGUAGUGACCUGGCCUAUGUCACCAAGUCUUCUUCAUGUCCUCAACGGGUCUUUGCUGGGCCUGUGGCAUGACUUGGCGGGGUGUCCUGUAAAGGAUCGGGCUGGGGGAGAAGUUCAGUAGUUCAAUAAAAAAUGUUGAUCUCCACCAUAAAGGGACAAAAGAGUUAAGAGUGGAGAAGAACUGUAAAAUCAUGUCAUAAUCCUCUCUUAAACUUGCUACCGCUCAUAUUUUUGACAUUACACUCACAAAUUCAGCACAGUGCGCUUAGCAGGGUCUCCUGCACACACAGAUCAUUAGACAUUUUCACUCUUUCAAGUCUUAUGUACUUGGUCAUGAUGCAAGCCAGACGCCCUGUCGAUUCUUACAUACAAAGACUGACAUUUUGGCCCAUCAUAUGCAAAUGCAUCCAUUUAUUCUCAAAGAUCUGUAACUAACACUUUUUACUGUCUGUAGCCGAAUACAUUCCUGUAUCAUGUACUCUCUUAUCUUUCUUAUGUGUUAUAUUCCCAGAUGUUGUUUUUGUU